AUGAAGUACACACCACAGAUGAGGACCACGACAACAGAGGUUGUUUAUGUACCGGAUAAUGUCGAUGGAAAAGCUUACAUGGGAUAUCAGAGAUUUAAACUACGUGUUUGGAUCUUUUCUGGACUAUCGAUUCUCAUUGUUAUCUCUCUGGCUGUGGCAUUAAUAAUCCAAAUUUUGAACUUCUCAACAUUCCUUUCACAGAAGUACGACCUUACCGAGGGCGAUAUGAGGAUAAUUUCUGUAUCAACAGCUUUCUGUGAAGAAAUUUCUCUUGGCAAAGACGCCUCUGUAAGGACGUUGUCGAUUUUGCCUUCUGUGACACUUGGUCACCAAUUCCGCCGCACCAAUACAUCAAACGAAGUAUUCGUCUCAAAAUUCCUUUACUGGUACAAAGGGUUUUAUUUGUUGCGAGGUUCAUCGAUUGUCAUAAACGCUGAAUCGGACGAUGCAUUGUCGCUAUUCAUUUUCAAGGACAAAACGCGUUUGAAUGAGUGGAUCGAUCGAAACGGGGAUCUGCGAAAAACGAUUUCCGCUGCGGAGCGUCCUCAAGGAGCGAGACCCACGACGCAGCCUACAAGAAUAUCGUACAGUUUAAACGUUCUGGAGACCGGAAACUACUAUAUUCUUUUUCAAUUCCCAAAAGGUGCAAAGGAAUUCGCAAGAAUGAAACUCGACUUGAGCGUAAAUCGCAAGCUCUACGAUUUGACGCCUUCUGUUUAUAGUUGCAGCGCGGGGGCUAAAGAUACGUGCUCUGCAAGACUACUUUUUGGUUCCUCGGAAGUUGGUGUGAUCGAGGUCAUCAAAGAACCGAUCCAGUCAUCUUAUCGCGGUAAUGAGCUUACUGCCACAUGGCAGUGCGUUCCGCGGAUUUGGUUUUACUUAGCAGUUUUUGCUGGACCAACAUUAUUCGCUGCCGUUGUCAGUUUUUCAUGCUACUUCGUUGUCAUCAGUCGCGAGAAACAAAAGUGUGCGCGGAUGCUUGAUCAGUGCUCCCUCGAACGCGCAAGUGUUGCUGGACGCUGUAACUCUUUGUCUUACCGUAGUUUGAACGGUUCAAUGCGACGACCUCCCAGUGAAACACCGAGCACACGAAACUCGGACAUGUCACGCUCUCCCUGUUUCCAACCCGUCGUGACAACAAUGUACACUGGUGACUCAUUAAGCGCAAGCGAGGAUAGUGGAAACGAUACCGAGGAGGAGAUUAAGCAAAACAGCGUGACAGCACGCCCUAAAAAGGGGAAAAGCUUUGUUGAUGGGAUCUCUGUAGCUUCAAGGGAAAUUACGGUUUGUAGAAAACCAAGCUUCACCACAUUUCAGGGCAGCGACGACGAAGCUGUCAAAAUUAGAACUGCUAAGUCACGCAAUCCAGGCGGUCGACUUUGCGAGAGUACUAACAACCAAAAAAAUGAACGAACGAAUUCUAAUCGCUUUGAAAUGCGUUAUAAUUUUCAGGUCGGUUCUCUUCCAAAAAAUCUGCCUGCGCGACGUUCACGCAAUCCAGGCGGUCGACUUUGCGAGAGUACUAACAACCAAAAAAAUGAACGAACGAAUUCUAAUCGCUUUGAAAUGCGUUAUAAUUUUCAGGUCGGUUCUCUUCCAAAAAAUCUGCCUGCGCGACGGUACUCAAGCGACGAAAUAUUUGGUCGAGGGAGUAGAACUCUGCCUGUUCAGCGUGGUUACCUAGCAACAGGCGUCCAAGUACCGUAUCAACAAGCCCCUGGUGCAGCUUGUUGCGCUUUGACUGAAGGAUCGCCUGACAGCUUCCGCGGCAGACGUUCCUGCAGCGAAAGGUUACACAAACCGAAAUAUGAUCACCGUGGCUUGCAUGAUAAAAUUCUCAGUGGCCCCAUACAAGCAAACUCACGAACUCGACGAUAUUCCAGCGAUGAAAUUUUUGAACGUGAACGUAUCAGCAUCAGUCUACCGCGUAGUCAUGACAACUCAAAGGUCUCCACCCGCCCGCCUUAUCAACCCAUCUCAAGCAUGGAAUCUCCUAUGUCACGCAAUUCGAGUGAAGGUAGGCGUGACUUUUGCGAAAGUGAACAGCCUACUAGUAAAAGACCACGCAAUAUUUUAAAUGACGAACUGUGUGAACGUGAGCGUAUUAGCAGAAGUUUGCCGCGUAACCACGACAACACAGAGUCUACCAGAAACCCGCCAUAUCAACCUACCACAAUCACUGAAGCUGCUUUGUCACGCAACUCACUCGAUCGUAACCGUAACAUCUGCGAAAGUGGCCAGUCUGGCACCAAAAAACCACGCAAGCCUUCAAGCGAAGCGAGAAACAGGCCCGAUGGACAAGGUAUUAGCAUUAAUAUUCCUAACGGAACCAUUCCAAACUCUUCCAUACGACGAUUUUCUAGUGAUGAAGUUGGUGUUAGAGAAGUAUGUGGUCUUGCCAGUAAGUCAUUACCCCGUAGCCGCGGUCAGACACUACCUGCCGCGCCUCUUAGCGACCAACUGGCACCGGAGCAGUUUUUUUCAUCCAGUAGGCCCUCUUCUCUUCCUUCUUUGCAUUAUCCGGCCGGGUCAAAGGGAAUGCAACUUCAUUCAGUGCCCAACGCCUGCCUAAAAGGAAGCGAUGCUGGCGAUGGAAGCGAUUGCGUUGACAAAGAAAAAGAAGCCGAAAAAGAAAAAGACGUCGAACCGCAAAAUAUUAAAUUGCGGGCGCACUCUAUGAGGCGGCGAGAAAUGGGCUGGACCCCACGUUUGUCCAUGGUCUCUGAGUCCGAAGUGUGA